GUAAACUCGUGCGGCAUACGAAAAUAGUCAGUCCUUGUCCUUGCUGCCCUUGGCCUUGGCAAAUCGAUGGUGUACAAGUCCUUGUGAACCGAAGAUUCAUUGAUACAACUAGAUCAUCUAUUGUUGGCAAUGCGAUUAGCUCGUGGUAUGGAAAACGAAACUCACUCACCUACCAGUACAUCCUAAGUCGAAGCUUACAUAAUAACUGCAUUAAACGAAGAAUGAGUGCCGCAACGUUCACGUCUUUCUCCGGUGGUGCGGCAAAGCCGCUAACCAUCGACCGCAUUUGCGCUGGUGCUUCCUUGGUUGGCACUGCUCCUUCCGGACUGAAAAUAUCGCCCGAUGGUGGAGCAAUUACCUAUCUGCAAGGGCGUCCCGAUGCGAAGCAUUUCAAGGAUCUGUGGAUUCGGGAGUUCAAGAGCGGCACGACCGAGCCACGUAUCCUCGUGAAUGGGGAUCCCCUAGAUGCAUCCGAAGCUGAUCUUUCCAACGAGGAGAAAGCCCGCCGUGAGCGCAUGCGCGUAGGCGAUGCAAGAGGGAUUCUCGACUAUUUUUGGAGCGAAGAUGGAAAGUAGCAUUUUUGUACUAAAAAUGAUUCGUGUGAGGUGUUUUUACCUUACGGUCACGAGUGACGUUGAGAAGUACUAGAACAAGUUCCAGUGUCGUGAUUUACGGAAAGAGUGUUGGGAUAAUCGCAAGCGCAACAACAUCACGAUUUACAUACAGGCUGCUGAAUAAAUGAUAUCGCAUCAAUUUUUUAGGUUCGUUGUGUGCCCGGCCGCCGAUGGAUGUCGCAUCUGGCUCUACAAUGUGAAAGCAGAGUCUGGAAAGAUGGUAGCUUUAGGAGAGGGCGUGACAGACACCAAGCUUUCUCCGAAGGGAAAUUUUAUAUGCUUCAUCCGCAACCAGAACCUUUUCGUGUACUGUCUUUCAGCUGCGGAGAAAGGAGAUCAAGAGACAUCUUCAACAGGUGGAGCUGCCUCUUCCUCUAUCAAGCAACUGACGUUCGAUACGGAGGCGCACGUGAAGAAUGGCAUGGCUGAGUUUGUAGCCCAAGAAGAGAUGCACAGGAUGGACGGGUAUUGGUGGAGUCCCGAUGAGAAAUUCAUCGCGUUCAUGCGUGUUGACGAGUCUCCCGUAGAGUUGGUACAACGAAACGAAAUCUACGCUGAGGGUGUGCGCAUGACGGAGCAACGGUAUCCCUACGCUGGGGCCAGGAAUGCUCGCGUCGAGCUCGCUGUGGCAUUCGUGCCGGCACCGGCUCAGGAGGAGGAUGCUAGCGGCAAAGUGUCAAGCUCGUCACCUAGAAUAGUCUACAUCCCGACAACUCCAGAAACUGGGUCCUCCGUUGUCCUCGGUUGCAAAACUGCUGAGGAGAUAUUGGCAGCGACAGGGGAUUUCGACUACUACCUCCCGCGCGUGAAGUGGCUUUGCGGCAGUUCGCUGCUGUCAUUCCAGUGGCAAUCACGGGACCAAAAAGUGCUUGAAGUUCGCGUCGUACAAUUAAGGGGGAUCAUUUCUGCUUCGCCAGGAGGACGAGGCUCCUCACCUCAAGCGGCUAACGGUGCUUCUAGUAGUGACCGGCGACUUGCCGACUUUCUGGUCAAAUCCACUAGUCCAGACUUGGCGCGCGAGUACAUCCCCCCCAGCGAAGUAAGAACAUUGUUGCGAGAGGAAAACAUAGACACCUACGUGAACUUAGGAAUGGAUGGAGAGUUGGCGUUUUGCAGUGACAAGAAAACAUUCCUUUGGUGCUCCGAAGCUGGUACCGGCUUCAAAGGCAUUUACGUUGGCGACUACAGCGAGUUUUUGGAUGAGAAGACGGGCAGUGUCAUACCUGGAUCUCGAACUGGCGCCGCACAGAACUGGGAAACGAAGUUGGUCCCUAAAGAAAGCUCAUCGCGUAUCGGGAGUCUGUUUUCCGCAGUGUCGCUUCAACAUGUCCCGCAUGUGCCUGCGAGCUUUGGCGACAAAAUGGUGGCCGUCGAUUCGUUAGACUAUUUCGACGUGAAAAACAAAUGCAUCUACUACAGCCUCAGAACGCCUGGGCCUCGUGUCGACAAGCAUCUUUUUCGUACUACUUUUGGCUCGGAUUCGAAUUUCGUAGAGCAGCUAACUUCGAAACCAGGCUGGCAUACGACGAUUUUCGGCGAGUCGAAGGGAAAUGAAGAACCAAGCGCAGAAGUAGAAAACGAAUCCUCUUCGAGCAAAGCGGUCUUGUUUUUCGACCAUUUUUCAUCGUUAGCGCAACCGCCGCAGUGUAGUUUGUGGGAGGUGCCAGCCACGCUAAAUAUCUCGGAAACGAAUUUGUCACCUGCAUCGCUUAAAAGCUGGCUCGCAGAGAAUAAAGUGGAGGAUCUCGCUGUCUCGGAAUACUACGCGAAUCUGACGACAGAUGCUGAAUUCGGGAGUUUUCCAGCCGUGGACGAUCCCAGUUGUGAGAUUUUCUACCGCGUUUUCUUCCCGAAAGCCGACGCCCCAGUUCCACCAGUCGUGGCUAGCAGCAAUAGCAGUUCAUCUGCGAACGGUGGUGGCAAAAAAUUGCGACCUGUAGUGGUGUUUGUGUAUGGUGGUCCGCACGUGCAGCUUUGUGUCACUGGCACUCGAUGGAGUGACCAACAUUUUUUCCUGCUCUUUCUGCUGCAGCAGGGUUACGUGGUUUUCACUGUGGACAACCGUGGCUCGGCAGGGCGCGGCCAUCGUUUCGAAAAUAGUGUCUACCGCGACAUGGGCAACAAGGAAAUUGCCGACCAAGUGCGGGGAGUCGAGGUUCUUUGUGAACGCUAUCCGGACGUGGUCGACCCAGCACGCGUUGCCGUCUACGGUCACAGCUAUGGCGGCUACAUGACGCUGCACUGCACAUUGCGCGCCUACCGCGAAGGGAAAUCAGCGUCCUACGUAAGCUAUAACGAAGCAAGGAAAGCAGAAAAGGACAUCGAAGCAGGACAGACUGCCACCGUUGCCACGUCAAGCUCGCAGCGUAUACCACUGUUUAAAUGCGGGGUAAGUGGUGCUCCAGUGACGACGUGGCGCCUCUACGACACGCAUUACACGGAGAGAUAUAUGGGCGUCCCGAAGAGCGAUUUGUUUCAGGCAGCGGGAUCGACGAACUUUUACAACGAGGCAGGGUACGAGAGUUCUUCAGUGCUUCCUUUCGUUUCCUUCUACGAUGACGCAAAAUCCCAUCUCUUCGUCUACCACGGGAUGGCUGACGACAAUGUGCUAUUUCAGAACAGUACACAGCUCUACGAUCGCAUGAUCAAGAAAGCAAAAGUGUAUCGCAGCAUAGACUACCCCGGCGCAAAGCAUAGUAUGAAUGGCGAAGCUUGCAAACGGCAUCUCUACAAAACGAUCCUCAAUUUUCUUCAGCAGGAGCUCUGAGAAUCUAUCACACUGAAGAAAGCACAGCUUCUGCGGGAAGCUUAAAUUAAAAUGAAAAUGACACUGCUGAGUGGUUUCAUUUCGUUAUUCCUGCUUACUUUACUACUUUUGUAAGUUGGUGGUCUUCACGAGAGUUGUAGAAGACUUUUUUACGGGACCUUUGCUCUGCGCAAAAUUCCUGUGUACAAAAAGUGCAUUGGUCAAUAGGCCUUUGCUAACGCGCAAUCCGAUAUUGUCCUUUCUUUAUCGGAUGGUUGUGUGGAAAGCGUG